CGAGUAAUUCUGCUGGCACUCGAGAACAAUUUUGGGAUCAAGUCUUCUCAAUUUUCAAACAAGAAGAAGCAUCAUCAGUGUUGACAUUUGAUGGCUGUCAAUAAGGGGAAAAUGCUAACAUUGACCACAUAUCUAUUUUAAUUGAGGACUUUCACGACACCAAAUGGCAGAGAUGCCGCCGCAAAUUGACUUUGAAAACCACAAAUAUCCGCAUUGCAUCGUCUGGACCCCGAUCCCAGUCUUGACAUGGUUUUUCCCCUUCAUUGGUCAUAUGGGAAUUGCGAUGUCCAAUGGGGUGAUCCGAGACUUUGCAGGACCUUAUUUCGUAUCAGAAGACGACAUGGCAUUCGGCAAUCCAACGAGGUAUUUGAUUCUGGAUCCGUACAGGGUGGAGGGUGGCCUCACUGAGUGGGACGAGUCAGUGUCCAAGGCCUCCGUGGUCUACGGGACGAGGAUGCACAAUCUUUUCUGCGACAAUUGCCAUUCCCACGUUGCGAUGGCGUUGAAUACGAUGCAGUACCGGGGCAAGACCAAUUGGAACAUGGUCGUCCUGGCGUUUUGGAUGUUCCUGUUCGGGCGCUACGUCGGAUUCUGCGGCCUCUUGAAAACUUGGAUCCCCUUCUUGGUCGUCGUGGCGAUCUGUACGACUUUUGCUGUUAUUCUCUAAGUGGAUGUCUGUGUAUGUUAGAUUUUAGCCAAUAAAGUAUUUAAAUUGUGAAUAUAGAACAAAUGUCA